CCCAAGCCUCUGUAUCCAUCAGUUGUGACCAUAACACGACGUCCACUGUUGCUCUGUUCCCUGGUAUCCCCUCUAUAUUUAGCCGCGCUAUCGUAUCAUUUCUGAUACUAAAAGAAUCCAGGCUACGCGGAUCUCACGGUCCCAGUCCGCAGACCGUUACAAGAAAUUUUCCGGGCGGUGUAGGGGAGAGGAUGGCGGGGAGACGGGAGUAAGCGAGGCCGGGAGGAAGAGCGUAACAUCCUGCGGCCGGACACAGUACGCGUACUCCCGCCCACAAGAGUGUUGGGACCAUACGAAUACAAGCAACUGCAAUGACGAGAGAAACCUGACACGCAAGAAAACCUGGGCCACAUUUUCCACGGUUGUCUUGACGUUUGAAGAAGAUUGGGCGGCUGAGUCAGUCAGCAGACGAAGGAGGUAUUAGUCAACGCGUGUGGUUCUCAAGGAAGCAGACUACAGGGAUGUCUCAAAACGCCAACAAGAACACCAACGCUUCCUCAUCCUCGGGAUUCGAACUUCCGAAGGUGGACGUGCACAGCCACUACCUCAUCGUGCGGGAGGUAGGGAGGGGCACCUACGGGAGGGUGGACCUAGCGAUCCACAAGGAAACGGGCACCAAGCUAGCGCUCAAAUCCGUGCCAAAGCGAACCACCAGACUUCGUGAUUUCUACAGGGAGUUCACGCUCAGCCAGUACCUCUCAGCCCACCCGUUCAUCAUAACAACCUAUGACGUCGCCUUCCAGACAAAACAUUAUUUUAUCUUUGGGCAGGAGUAUUCUGCAGUCGGGGACUUGUUCGAGGCGAUACCGCCACAGGAGGGCUUGCCCGAAGAGACGGCUAAACUGUGCGUGCAACAGAUCGGCUCCGCCUUGGAGUUCAUGCACGCUAAGGGACUGGUACAUCGUGACGUCAAACCGGAGAACAUUCUCCUCUUUGACCGAGAUUGCCGGCGAGUGAAGCUGAUGGAUUUUGGCAUGACGAGGAAGUGCGGCACGCAUGUGAAAAAGAUCAGCGGCACGAUACCCUACACCCCUCCCGAGAUUUGCCAGGCCGCCCACAACGACGGCUUCUACGUGGAAACCAGUGCGGACGUCUGGGCGUUUGGCGUGCUCAUUUUCUGCAUGCUAACGGGCAACUUUCCUUGGGAGAACGCGGAGGACAGGGACUGUUACUUCACGGAAUUCGUCGGCUGGCAGAAGCGGACCACGAGCGGGAUGCCCUCGCAGUGGAAGAAGUUCACCCCCCGCCUCAUGAAGUUCUUCCGCAAGUCGUUAGAAAUCAAACCCGAGAAGCGCUGUCAAAUCAGGGAGGUUUACAAGUACGUCCACUACGACUGGCUACUACCGCCUCUCAACGGAAACCGGUGGGUACCGAUGACGUCACCGACAGAGACAGGUAGCACGAGCACAGCAAUAACUGAUGACGUCGUGCAGCCAUGCGCAGUAGAGGUCCUGUUAUGAAGGAGUAAAGGAUCACGGGAAUUUAAAAAAAUUGCGGUCACCAUAGCCAAGCUUGAAAGAACACAGCUCUAUUAAACUGUGCAAAACCGUUUUGCACUACCCAAUAGGACAAUAAACCUCUACCUAUGGGGAAGAGCUAGACAUAACUGAGAAUGUAGCCCGAAAAAAGAAGCCAAUCCAGAAGUUCUGUCUGUAUGUGCUUCCAAAGUUGAGGUGUGUUACAGAAUUCAGUUGUCAUUGCGAAGAAGAAAAAAUCGUCUAUGUUCGUUAGAUCAAAGGCUUUGACACGUGUAUGUUCAUCUGUGCAGUGAUUGGUUGUUGAGGAUCACGUGAGACUACCCUCUGUAGUUGUCAUGUUAGCAUUAUGAUAGCAGGUCCACAAAACGUUUUCAUGCCGUGAAGAACAGAAAAAUUGGCCAAGAAAAAAAAAGGAUUCUACAAGCUAUCAUUUUGGCUCUAGGGGAGGGAAUUGAAAAUUCAUAAAAGUGGGGAGUACUUACAAACCUAUUGAUGUUAAGAACAGAAAAAGAGAAAGCCCUGUUGCGUGACAUCUAUUGCUUCAAAAGAAAGUCCUUCUGCAAACUACGAACUCAUUAUUCCAACCACGCAACACGUACGGUGGAUUUUGAAAAUCACUCAUCUGAAACAAAAAGUAUUUUGAGAACCAGUCUUCGAAUCAAUCCAUCGGUGAAAAUUACUUUGAGCUAUUAUUAGAACCACAAACGCUAUACUCCAGUGGCAACUAAUUGUCUCUUGACGCAGGAGAUGACGAUUUCUAAUCACGACGUGGCCCCAAUUACCUCUGGGCGUGGUUACGUCCCAUGCUUUAAUCACAUUUUAGUCCUCUCACUGACUUGUUCACUAGAAGAGCAUGAGCCCAAUCAGGUUCUGACAGUUGUUUCACACGGGCUUGUCAUAUUGGCGCCAAAUAUAAGUUCAGGGACUCAUUUGGAAUAUCACCUUAUUUUCCCCUUUGAUAAGAGGUUGAAAUGUCAGACGACUCCUUUCUCGAUUUCAAAAUUAUGGCUAAACCAAGGUCGUUGCUUCCAAUACUGUACCCCCCUCCCCCCCAAAAUGGCGGAUGCCAUGUACCAUGUUGCAUGCUGUUUGUUGUAGAAGAAUUGUAUUCGUAGUGACACAUGUAAAAGCAAUUUUGCUGAUUGGUCAAUGCUGAGGAUAAAGAAGAAUAUUUUUUCUCUUCAAAAGCGGUAAAGCAGACAAAGACUGUAUACCAUUGACUAAGUCUAUUGCCAUAUAAUAUGACAGGGUAUCAAAGAAACUAUAUGGCGUAGACUUAUGGGACAAGAAUCAAUAUGGUAAGAAAGACGUUGGGAAAUGAAGAAAGGUAUUGAAAAUGUAAAAGAGUUAGUGUUAAUUGUAACAAAAGGUACACUUAAGUUAUUUUGUGGUAUGGAAUAUCACGUAAAAAGAGUAUACUUAUGACAAAGAUGGAAGAAACAGAACAAUACAUUGUGAUUGUACACAGAGUCAGUAGUAGAGUGAAAGAAAUAGAGCAGUCUUUCUGGCCGGAAUAGUUGCACAGUAAGUACACCACUAAACAAUCGUGUACUUUUGUAUUUGGAAAAGAAGUGUCAUUUCUCAGUGAUCAUAGCAAUCCCUUGUACAGGUCAGCAUUUGUCCGAUAUUUUUUGGUAGUUCGUGUAGACUUUUGUGACGGCCAAAAGAAACACAUCCCAGUCCACUUGUAGACCAAACUGUACAUAAUAUGACUGAACCAAUAAACUGUCUGGAUUCCAAUAAGAA